AUGACUCAGAGGGGCAAAAGUAAACCCAAAGCCCAGUGGUGUGAGGAGGAGGUCAAUGCAUUCCUGGUCUAUCUUCAAUUGCAGGUGUCAAAGAUUGCUGGGACAACUUUCAAAGAUGAGACCUUCAAUGAGGCAGCAAAGAAACUUGUGGGACUUCAGAAGCAAGGCCCAGACAAGGACAUGGUACAGUGUAAGAGGAAAUGGCAAGCAGACAAUGUUAAUGGUGCCAAUAUUCAGGGGGAAGCGGCAGAACUCCAGUGGAACCAAUUGAUUACCACUAACAAUUCCAACAAGGUAAUGAAACCUUUCAAAAACAAUGGAUGGAGACACUGGCAAAAGAUGUCAGAUAUUCUCCCAAACAGGAGUGGUGCUCAGGGGGCAGCCGCCUACAAUCCAGCUUCCUUGGCUGCAGGGGCAUCAGCAGCUAUUCCUGUCAAUGCUGAGGCCGGUGGAUCCUCCUUAUCUGUACAAGCAUCGGAUGGUCCUAUCACUGAGGCCAGUGGAUCUGGACUUGAAGUCGCUGCUGUGCCACAAGCUGGAUGGGACCAGAUCAAGUCAGCCCUCCCAUCCAUCACUCCUGGAGUUGCUAGAAGUUCUAUGAAUGUCCCUCCUCCCUCCUCUUCUAUUGCGCCCUCCAGUAUGGGCAAAUGCUUGCAUUCCAACAUAAUUUUGUCCCCCAGCACCGCCCAAACUACAACCUCACUUGUAGAUUCAUCCCACGCCUCCAAUGUCAACAAAAAGCCAAAGUUGUCGACACACGGUAAAAGUCAAGCUGGCCGCAGUCACAAAGGCUCUAGGGCUGCCAAAGAUGCUGCCAGCACUGCCAUCUUCAUGAACCUGCAAGGUUCCAUCAACAGCCUGACAGACAGCCUUCGCAAAUCAGCAUCCAACACUGACCAAAAUGAAACUGGGGUGUUGGAUGAAAGGCUAGAGGCUGUGCUUGCCAUGCAGGAGAAGGAACUGAUUUCAGAAGAUGAGUCCGUUACCCUCAUAAACAUGUUCACAAGGAGCCCAGCAGUAUGCUCCAUCUACUUGGCUGCCAAGCCUGAAAGACGGAUCCCCUACUUGCGAUCUGUUCUUGACCAGGCUGCCAGGGGGGAAUUUGGAUGUUCUGGUAGUCCUCCCACAUCUCUGCGGCCAUGCGAUCGUGAAACACAUUCACAUUUACAUCAUCGUCAACGAUUGGAUCAGUAUCAUCAGGACCACCUUGAGCAGGUUGGCCCUGAUGGGUAG